CAGAGAGAGAUGACAGCAAACCUAGAAAUUAUAUUUUGAAACGGAGUUUAUCAGCCAUGUCCAGCAGGGGAGUGAAUAACCUGCGAUUUAAUCAAGAUCAUGGCUGUUUUUCAUGUGCAAUGGAAUCAGGUGUGCGGAUCUACAAUGUUGACCCCUUAACAGAGAAACUCAGGCUUGGCAUUGAGUCAGUAGGUAGUGUGAGUCAAGUGGAAAUGCUUCAAAGAACCAACCUCCUGGCAGUUGUUGGUGGAGGAGCAAUGCCAAAAUUUGCAGAAAAUGCAGUUCUGUUGUUGGAUGAUUCUCAGAGAGAUAUGCAGAAGAAGCUAGUAAUGGAAAUCACAGUAUCCCAGCCGGUGCUUGGUGUCAGACUAUGGAGAAAAAGAGAAGUUGAACAGAAGUCCUUUAUCAGCUUAAUAGUGGUGCUACGGAACCAGAUUUGUGUGUUUGGCAUAUACUCAGAUGAUCCUCAGAGUGCAAAGCAUUUGGUGACUUUGGACACAAGGGAUAAUCCUAAAGGUUUAUGUGAAGUCAGCCCAGCCUCUGACAGGCCUAUUUUGGCAUACCUUGGACACAAGCGAGGCAGCUUGCAGCUGUUGGAUUUGUCUAAGGCGUGUGCUCAGCCCAAUAUGUCAAUGUCUCCAGUGACCAUCAAUGCACAUCAGAAUGAACUGGCCUGUCUGGCCAUUAACCAGGAUGGAACCAUGGUGGCAACAGCUUCAACCAAGGGUACCUUAAUCCGCAUCUUUGAUACAGUAAACAAAAAACAGUUAAUUGAGUUGCGCAGAGGUGCUGACCCAGCCACACUGUACUGCAUCACCUUCAGUCCAGAUUCCUCUUUUCUGUGUGUGUCCAGUGACAAGGGAACUGUUCAUAUAUUUGCUGUUAAAGAUGAAAAGCUGAACAAACGAUCCACAUUUCAAAAAAUGAAUUUCCUUGGUCAAAUUGGCCAGUAUGUGGAGUCCCAGUGGGGUCUGGCUAGCUUCACUGUGGCAGCAGAAUGUGCUUGUAUCUGUGCAUUUGGACCACACAGCUCAGUGAUAGCUGUGUGUGUUGAUGGUUCCUUCCACAAGUAUGUGUUUACACCUGAUGGAAAUUGUAACAGGGAGGCCUAUGAUGUCUACUUGGACCUAGGAGAUGAUUUAGAGUUUUGAGGAUAUGUGAAUAUGUACUACUAAUAUAUGUAGUACAUAUAUUUUAAGUGAAAUAUACAAGUUAAGGAAAGAUAUGCGUAGGCUCACUGGUGAGACCCUACAAGUUAUAUAAUCAUAUUUACCAACUUAUUGGUGCUAUCAGAAAUGGAUUUAGACAAAUAUUUAAUGUUGUGAAUAUGAGUCUGAAAUGAAAAUAGUUGCAUCCCAUAGGAUGUUGCUUGGAGUUUUGACUGUGUGGCCUUUACCUAGAGUCAACAUUGGUAUAGACGUGAAUAUACAUGUAUCAGUAUUGCAAACAUGAUGCAUGUUUUUAUGAUUAAGUAAGAUUAAUGCAAUAGAACUAUACCAUUUUUAUCUACAUGUAAUAGCUACAUCAGUCUUCCACAGAUCACAAGGAGACAAAAUAUGUAUAAUAGAAAUUGAAAUACUUAAUUGUGGAAGAUAAAAGACAAAAUUUGAUGUGCAUUUGUUGAAAUUGCAUUUUUGUGAAGUUCUGUUUAUUUCAAGUUAAUAUUUUAACAAUAAUUGGAUAUCCUAUGGUACUGUAUUUGUAGAUAGAAAUGCAACUGGCUGUGAUUGUAGAUGUUAAGCAGCUAGUAGUGAACAUAUCCUGAAGGUAAACCAUUUGAUUAAUUUGGUCUAAACAGAAAAUGGCACUAUUCAUAACAACACACUGGUAUAUUUUAAAGACAUUUGAGAUCUGUAUUUAAUUUGACAAAAUGAAAAAUCAUGUAUUUAUUGUCAUGUAUGUACAGUUAAUAAAUGAAGAUAUUUUUCA